AUAACCCCUCUAAGCCCUCUCUUUCGGCCAUGUGCCAUGUGAGGUAACGAAUAAGGAGAGGAAGAGAGCAGAGAACGCGGCGAGAGAGGAGAGACGAGUGAACGCGAAGCCGCUUGCCCUUAAAACCCUCACAAACUCUCUCUCCCCGCUUCUCUCUCUCAUCCUCUAUCUUAAUUUACCAUCGAUCCUUCAGGAGGCCUUGAGAAUUAGGUAUCUUCGCGGCAGAUCAAUCAUGGCGGCGGCAGCGGAGGAAGAGGCGCCAUCGAGCACGGAGGCGCAGCCGGAGAUGCAUCGUGAGAAUGAGAUCUACCUGGAUAGAAGAGAGUGUAAUGGAGUCCCGGCCAAUUUAGGGGAGUUGCGUUUCGAAACCCGAAAUCCCGGCAGCUCGGGCACCAGCAGGGUGGCGUCUGGGAGUGGCGUGAGAGUUGUAGAAGCGAAGAAUGUCGCUCCGGGGAAGAGACCGGUGGUUGGGGAGUUUCAUGAGCAUGGUUUUGAUCCGGAAUUAAGCUUCAGGAUUAGAUUCCAGAAAAUCGGCGCUGGUUUGGAAAAUCUUGGAAACACUUGUUUUUUGAAUUCGGUUCUGCAGUGCUUAACGUAUACGGAACCUUUUGCGGCGUAUUUGCAGAGCGGGAAGCACAAAUCUACUUGUCGCAAUGCUGGAUUUUGUGCUCUGUGUGCUCUUCAGAAUCAUGUCAUGGAUGCCCUACAAUCAACCGGGAAAAUAUUGAGACCAUUCCAUCUUGUCAAGAACUUGAGAUACAUAUCUAGCAAUUUUCGGUAUUCUAGACAAGAAGAUGCUCAUGAAUACAUGGUUAACUUGCUUGAAUCAAUGCACAAGUGCUGUUUGCCUAAUGGAGUCUCAAGUGAGUCUCCUAGUGCAUAUGAAAAGAGUCAAGUCCACAAGAUAUUUGGUGGCCAACUAAGGAGUCAGGUAAAAUGCUUGCGGUGCUCGUAUUCUUCCAAUAAUUUUGAUCCUUUCUUGGACUUGAGUCUGGAAAUAAUGAGAGCAGAUUCACUUUACAAAGCACUUACUCAUUUCACUGGUUUGGAACUACUAGAUGGUGGGGAGAGACUAUAUCAAUGUCAGCGCUGCAAAAAAAAAGUUGAGGCUUCCAAACAACUCACCAUUCAUAAGGCCCCUUAUGUGCUGGCCAUUCAUCUUAAGCGUUUUGAUUCGGGUAUUAAUGGAGAAAAACUUAGCAAGAAGGUGGUGUAUGGGCCCACAUUGAACCUGAACCCGUUCAUCAGUGACCCAUGCGAAGGUGAUUACAAAUAUACGCUGUACGGUGUUUUGGUUCAUGCUGGAUGGACAACCUAUUCUGGUCACUAUUUCUGCUUUGUUCGGACCUCAACUGGCCUGUGGUAUUGGCUUGAUGAUAACCAG